CACAUAAUAGCUAGCCUCUGCAAUCAAACAGAACCGAUAAGCCUCUCGAUCUCUUGCCCAUCUUCUUCUUCCUUUUACAUAAUCGUCAACCCAAAGUAUGAUUCUCUUGAGACCUUGUAAGAGCCUGUAUCCGUCACCAUUUCUACCCAACACUUUGAAGCUCCAAAAACGAAUAAAACCACAAACCCAGUUGGCACCAAGCAAGUUAACGGUUGACAGAAGAAAACUUGGCGUGAGAGGGUGCAGCGGACAGGAAGGAGAAAAGAAGACCGAAAGGAGAACUUUCUUAUCCCUUGAGGAAGCCGGGUUAGUUGAAAUAUCCGGCUUGGACACUCACGAGCGCUUCCUAUGCCGUUUAACGAUAUCGUCACUGAACCUACUAAGAGUGAUUUCGGAGCAAGAAGGGUGUGCAAUUGAGGAACUGAAUGCUGGGAGAGUAUGUGAUUGGUUUUUGAAGGAUAAGCUGAAAAGAGAGCAAAAUAUAGGGUCCGCAGUGCUUCAAUGGGAUGAUUCUGAGUUACCAUUUUGAGCUUUUUGUUUUCACUGAGUUGAUUUUGACCAUUAAUGAAUGAAGUACUUGAAGGAUGCAGUGUAAGUAGUUGUUCUAGUUUUAAUGCCACUAAUCAACACGUACACUUCCUUGCCCAAUUCUCCUUAUUAAGGAGGGCUUAAGUGGUUAUGAGUGAUUUUGUUGUGUGCCACACCAAGAAAAUGGAAAACAGU